AAUCGUCGCCAGUGUAUUGCUACCUCACUCACUCACACGCUCUCUCGCAACACUGGCAAAAUUAUCGGUGGGCCACCGUCCGUAAGCAGAACUCCGACAGGUCAAAACCAGUGCAACACCGUCCGAAUAAACAAACAGUUUGACAGCACCUAGUGGUGCACCAGUGCAACACUCGGCAUAAACAAAUACGGUAUAAUAUAUUUACACUUCUCGCCGCCAUUCGCGAUUGUUGCCAUAGCCAACAACAUGGAAAUGGUAACAUCUAGUACUGACAAAGGGCUUCAGCAAAAUGCGGCCAUCAGGCGUCGCCAAACGCGACAAAAAGUGUUGAACAGGAUCCGUAAGGUAAAUAUUAAAAAUAAAGGUGCCAAAAGUUUCUACUACUUCACCUACGCAACUGUAACGGCGGCAGAUGGCAAUGGCAAUAAAUCGGGUAAAACUCAUUCUGCAUCUACGUACUUUUUCAAUGGAGAACCAUGCGAAGGGGAUGAACAUUUUCUGCGGCAAAUGAAGCGAAGUAUUUUUGUCAGCAACCUGACUGCGGGCUCUAAAAAGUCCGAAAUUAAAACCUUGUUUGAUCGGUAUGGUAGAAUCGGUGCGAUACAGCUGAGAACGCGUACUGGUGAAACUAUUGUUGGCCGACAACACAUCUCACCAUACAGUCCGAUUGUGGCUGUAAUAAAGUUCAGCAAAAAAGCGGAAGCUCAACAAGCGUGCGAAUCUAAAGAUGGCAAGUUUAUAGGCAAAAUAGUUGAGAUGGGCUUCCAGUAUGAAAAGGAAAACAGUAUUCGUGUGGAUAAUGUUGAACCGCGUGUCUCAAAGACUGAGCUUCGUGAUCAUUUUAAAACUUUUGGUCAAAUUUUGAACAUAACGCUAGAAACGACAGACGGAUCAUUGAUACUGACCGACAAUGAGUAUCUGGAGCUAAGCUACGUUUGCUGCUACGUGAGAUUUAGUCGACGUGCAGAAGCCAAAGCUGCAAAGGAUAUGAAUGAAUACAUUUUCCGUGAUCGUAAGCUUCGUGUUGAACUUGCUUACCAAAAGCACUGUGACCCGAACAAGAUGAGUAACAAUGCUUUGCGAAUGUUCUUCCAAAACUUCGGAGAAGUAAUAACGUUGGAUCAAAUACCGCACCAGCACAUGGGUUACGUAUGUUACAAAUCUCCACUCUCCGCAGAUUUGAUCAAACGCUUGGGCCAGCGCAUCUAUCGAAACAAAAAAAUUCACUUCGAAAAACUGGACAUUAGCAAUUUGGUAAAAGCAAACCAGAAGCAACAGCAGAAAAAUGAACCUAGUAUGAUGGUGGACAACUUCAACAUGGCGGACAAUGCUUAUCGCCUUAACUCUCCGACUGCGCCGGAUGUGCUAGGACAGACUACAGGAACAACAUCUGUUAAGAAAGGGUCAGCUAAAAAACCUAAAGCUACUCAAAAGAAAGUUGCCAACACUUCGAUGGAGAAAGUUGCUAACAUUACGAUGGAGACUGGCGUGGCCAGUUCUGCUGUUGGUGUGAAACCGAAAGUUCAAAGAAAAAGUAACGCCGGGGUUAAAAAAUCUGCGGAGAAAAAUUCAAAAGCUCGAGAAGAUUUUACAUGACUUUGAAGAAAAUCUAUUUGAAUAAAUUGAAAGUGUCGUAAUCUGAGGGUUUUCCUUGUCUCGUUGGCCGUCUUCUCGUAGUCGCUUAUUCCCGUUUCUUGGAGUGCGGUACCCUACGUACCCUAAUAAUCUGCAUACGCUUAUAUUUCAUAUACUUCAUAUAAACAUCAUAUGCCACACAUAAAUUUCAUGUUCGAAAUAUGAAGUUUAUAUGAUAUGGACACAUACAUUCUAUGAUUUUCGUCUUUGAAAAUUUCCAUGUGUUCAAAGUGGCCACCACGAAGAAAAAGUUGAUGUGCAAGGAUGUCAGCUGGAUAAUAUUGAAGAAUCAGGAGUCUGGUGACGAACAAAACCGUCGAUAUGUUGAACAAACGGGUCGACCAGGAAUAAACGUUCCAGAUUCAUGUACGUAUUAGGCUUAGUAUUUUUAUAUUUUUUUUAUUGACAAUAAAUGUUUCGAUAGCAAACAUCUCAAAUUUUUAU